UGUACUAUGGUACAUAGUAUUUGAAUAAUUCUACUAAAAUAUUUAAUAAAUAGGAAUUGGAUUUACUCAAUUAAACGAACUUUCGGCUUCGCUCGAAAUACCUUGCCUCUCAGCUACUUCUUUUUCAAAAUAUCUCGUAGAAGUUGGAAAUGCUGUUCAGGAUACAGCAUGGGAUGAAAUGAUUAUAGCUGGGAACGAAGAGAGACAAUUAGCUUUAGAAUUUGGAAAUACUGACGUUGAUGGUACACCAAUGUGUACUGUUGUUGCGGAUGGCCAGUGGUCUAAACGGAGCUACAAAACUAAAUACGAUGCAUUAUCAGGAGCGGCUACAAUAAUUGGGUACAAAACUGGUAAAGUUUUAUUUGUCGGCAUUAAAAAUCGGUACUGUGCAGUGUGCCAGAGAUCGAAAUCUAUAAGCCAAGAAAUUCCAAAACAUAAUUGCUUUCUUAAUUGGAAACAAGCGUCCACUGCAAUGGAGGCCGAUGGUAUAACGGAAGGUUUUUCAAAAAGCAUUGAAAUGCAUGGACUCAAAUUUAAUAAGCUUAUUGGUGACGGAGACAGUAGUGUUGUGAAACGUCUAAAUGAGAUUUUACCAUAUGGCCCCAGAUUCGUGAUAGAAAAAAUCGAAUGUCGAAAUCACUUACUGCGCAAUUAUAUAAGUAAACUUAAAAUGCUCGCUACAAAAACUGAGUAUCCAGUAACAAUACGGAAGUUUAUAGUGACUAAUAUUUUAAGAUUUCGGUCUGAUGUUACUAAAGCAAUAACUUAUCAAAAAAAUAUAUUGGAUAAAUCAAAAAAUCAGAAAAUUGCAGAUCUUAAAUACGAUUUGAAGAAUGCACCUUAUCAUAGAUUUGGACAACACCAAGAAUGUAAUUCUUAUUUUUGUAAAGGGCCAAAAAUAGGUGAAAUCAACAUGGUACCAGAAGCAUUACGAUGUGGUAUUUUACUAGAAAUAGACAAAAUUACAUCUCGUUUAGUAAAUAAUAGCUCCAGUUUAAUUGAAGAUCUAGAUAAUAAUAUAUGCGAACAAUUUAACUCAAUUAUCAAUAAAUACGUGGGCGGAAAAAGAAUUAAUUUUUCGCAAAGUAAUAAUUAUUCGACCCGGGUAAAAGCAGCUAUUAUUUCCUUUAAUUCCAGAACAUAUUUACGCACAAUACAUAAGAAAAUUAUGAAUUUUAGUCCAGGAAAAAUAGGUAAAAAGUUUAUAAAAAAUACCGAUCGUAUAAGGUUGAAUACUGUAAACCGACGGAUAUUAAAUAAUAAUCAAAAAAGGUAUAGGAAAAAAAUGGUUAGUGCCCGAUCAAAAGGUCCUGACAGUCAUUAUGGGUUAGCUGAACCCCUUAUGGAUACUAUAGACGAAGAUGAACUACAGGAAAAGAAAAAUACAUUUAUUCAAUAUCUGCAUACAGUUGACACAAAACAAAUAGAAAUUGAUACGAGGGACCAAAACUUGAAUCCCAAUUGGUUUCAAGAACGAAAAAUCAGGUUGACAGCUUCACGGUUUGGUGAAAUUUGCAAAAUGCGACCAAACACCAGCUGCAAGACCAAAGUCCAUAGUAUACUUUAUAAGCCUCCAGUUACAUCAAAACAAAUGACUUAUGGACAUAAUAUGGAACAUGAAGCUAGACAAAAACUGAAGGAAAUCAUUAAGCUUGAUGUUCAAUUAUGUGGUCUUGUUAUAGAUACUAUUUUUCCAUACUUAGCAGCAAGUCCAGAUGGUUUGGUUGGAGAUCAAGCUAUUGUAGAAAUCAAAUGUCCAUACACAGCAAAAGAUAGCGAAAACAGUAUUGAUGCCGUAAAUAAUAAACUUUUGUCAUAUUGUUAUAUAACACAAGAAAAUACACUCAAGUUAAAAAAUGAUCAUCAAUACUAUUAUCAAGUUAUGGGUCAACUUCAUAUAACACGUAGAAAUGUUUGUUAUUUUGUUGUUUAUACUAAAAAAUGGACAAGUGUAGAACAUAUUUAUUACAAUAAAACAUUUUGGGAAGAAAAAAUGGUCCAAAAGUUGAAUUUGUUUUAUACAGAGUGUAUUUUACCAGAAAUUGUUGAUCCGCUAUACGGGAAAAGACUUCUUAUAUCAGACAUAAGAGAACCCACUUAUAUAAAAGAAAAAAUAAACAAGUGACUAACAAUUUAAAUAGUAUAUAAAUGUACCUAUAUACCUAAAUAGACUAAGUAUACUAUGUAAUAUAAUACAUUAUAUUGUAAAUACCUAUACUAUUAUUAGGUAUCCUUCUAAUUAAAAUCUUUAUACAUAUUAAUUUACUCAUUAA